UGCGGAUGUAAGUGACAUAUCGGAUAUAUCAUAUAUAGUGCAUAUACUACAGAACAGAAGCAAGUCUGCUCCAUACAGCCAGAAGCAGAUAGCAAGUGCAAGCUGUCUUCUGCACAUCAAUUGCUGAAAAUGUGAUCCAAAUUAUUAAAAAGUAUUGCGACAAAUGCGUUCUUGUCCCGGUCUGCGGUUCAGUUGGUUUACGUAAGCUUAAGUUGUGUUUGGAACUUCCUCGGAAAAGGCGAAUUUUUGUGCCCAUCACACAGCAGACAGCACAGAAGAACAUGGCAGAAGAUUUAUCGAUCAAUAAAAAUAAGAUGUGUUCUUCGCGGUACGCCAAUAAUGACAUCUGUCGCUUGUGCUUGAAGAAUGAGGCGCAUAUGGAGCCGCUGUUUUAUACGAAUCUAUUUCCGAAUAUUUUGCUUACUAAAAAGAUAUACGACUGUACAUCGAUACAGAUCAUCUAUGAGCGCAAUCUGCCAAUGUUUGUAUGUAAACUUUGUGCGAACAAACUAGACGAGUACAUUCGAUUCCGCGAACGUUGUGUAGCUAAUGACGAAUUCUUGAGAAAUGCUUUAGCGUUUUUUGACGCUGGCCAAAACACCAUUAAAUCAGAGCAUGAAGUUAAACAGGAACCGGUUCAAUCGUCUAAUUUGAUGCAACAAUAUGCCGUUCCAAUCGAUUUUCGUCAAAUAAAAACAAUGGUUGAAACGGAACCCUCCGAAACCGCUGAUGAUGAUGAGCAAUUCGAGGCAGAUGAACGAUUCUCAUGCAACGAAUGUGAUUUCGUAGCAAAAGCUGAGUCUGAUAUGCGAUGUCAUGAGAAGCAACAUGAAGAUAAACCAUAUACUUGUACGCUUUGCCCCAAGUCGUUUAAGAUACGACAACACUUGUUGAUUCACAGCCACACGCAUGUUGACCUACAGCAACCGUCUGUAGAGUCUAUUAAACCUACAUACAAUUGUACAAAAUGCACUAAGGUGUUCAUCAAUAGAGGAAACUUGAUAAAUCAUGCUGCUGAAUGUCAUGGUAAUGUGAAAAACUUCAGCUGCGAGAUAUGCUCCAAAUCUUUCAAGUACAACGUUCAACUACGAAUUCACAUGCGAACACACUCUGGCGAGCGACCACAUACAUGUGAAAUUUGCCAUCGAGGAUUUUCGCAGCUUUCGAAUCUUAGAUCUCACAGAAAGGUCCACUCGAAAGUUAAACCAUACAAAUGUCAACUGUGUUUCAAGAGCUUUACCAUGUUGGACAAUCUGACGGCUCAUAGUUUGAAAUGUGUCAAGGAUAAGUAUCGGUGCAUGUUGUGUUCGAAAUCGUUCGCCAAGGAAGGUAACCUGAUGUCGCAUUUGCAGUGUCACAGUGACGGUGUGGUGGAGAAAAAUUUCAAGUGCGAAAUGUGCCCCAAAAGCUUUAAAAACAAGGAAGAUUGGAAGAGACACGUUCGGGUUCAUACAGGUGAAAAGCCUUACAUCUGCGACAUCUGCAACAAAGGUUUUGCCCAAAAGGCUAACUUGCUUUCUCAUCGUAAAACGCACCUUAAACCGGACAUUAUAUUUAAAUGCGAAAAAUGUGACAAAAUUUGUCGAACUCAGAAGCUUUUGGAACUGCAUGUACAAAAAUGUGGUGCUACCGAGCUGAAUGCUACGCCUCCUGCACCCAAUCCGCCAACUCCAACACCGUCUCCGAUGGUGUCAUCCCCGCCAAUGUCGGUAACACCAACCCUGGAAGCGCUGUCUGAUUUGCUGCGGUACGAAAUUGCCAUGCGAGCUCCCGCAGAGUUCAAAGAAAUAUUACUAGAAACGAUGGAGAAAAAGAAACAGGCCCUUGCUGCGAAACAAGCGGCGACUAACCAAGGUACUUCCGGCAGUCGACACUACAGGUGCGAGGUGUGCUUCAAGGUGUACUCACAGUAUCCAAGUUUGGUUAAGCACCGUAAAAUGCACCUCAAAUCGCCACGAGUGCGCUCCAAGUCAGUGGAAGCGGACGAUCGUCCGUACUACUGUGACAUUUGUGGAAAAAACUUUAAGUUCAAUCGAAAUUUAAAGGUUCACAUGAAGCUACACACCAAAGCAAACGGAUGUUUCAAAUGUGACAAAUGCAGCAGUACAUUUGAGUUGGCCGACCAGCUUAAACGGCAUUUGUUGGAGCAUCCCAUCGAUGUAGAGAAAAUUUUCAAUUGUGAAUUUUGUUCUAACACAUUUAAAUCGAACGAAGAUUUAAAGCGCCAUCGACGAUCGCAUACAGGCGAACGCCCGUUCAAGUGCGAUACCUGCCCAAAGGCGUUCACACAGCUGUCCAACCUGCGUGCACAUACCAAAAUUCACGAGAAAAAGCGGACAGCGUAUGGCUGCAAUAUUUGCCUGUUGGAACUUGACUCCUUGGAGGCCCUCAACAUCCACCUGAAGACGCACCAGUUUCAGCUAUUCGAACUGUGCAGGGAUAUGAAAUAGAAGAGUAUAUAGUCUGCGUUGAUUUGCUAGCGAAAGCUUAGUGGAAAUCUGUGUUAUCUCAGUAUCCGUACUAUAUCUAUAUAUAUUAUAUACUUAUACACGCCGAUAUACACCAGUGUUAUUGAAUGUUUGAAACAUGUACUAGUGUGAUUGUAUU